CCUCCUAAGCAGAAUACAUGAAGGAAACAAGUCUACUGGAGGGCUUAAAUUCGUUUGUCUCUGCUAUGGAAUUAUUGGUUUUAUAAAGUUUUUGGGAGCUCAUUACUUAUUGGUUAUCACUGAAAGAAGAGAGAUCGGAAAGAUACGUGGUCAUGUUGUUUACGCUAUCACUGAGAGCGAGAUGUUCCCGGUUCCCAAUUCUACGGUGCUUUCCAAAAUGGCGUAUUCUAAGGAUGAGAACAGGUCUUUCGUCAAUUCUGCAUGUCAAUGUAAACUGUACAUAGUAUUUUUAGGAAGGCAUUAUAAUGGAACGAUUACGGAACCACUUCUAGUUGUGUUUUAAUAUUCUUUUAUUUGGAUGAUACUAUCUUAUUUUGACAUCUGUAAGUAGUCCUAUGUUGCUGAGGUAAUUGCUACACUAUUUUAGCAAUACACCUUGUAACGUAUUCAUUGUCCAAUGGAUUUCAUGUUGACCGAUUCACUCAGAUGCUCACGGGAUGAGUAUACAGAGAAUGUUUAUAGAUGAUCCUUUUAUAGCUAAGUCAUUCGUAGAGCCUAGUGCCAGUUCAUUUCCUGCAAAUGUACAGGGGCAAAUUACAGUGGUGUUCUGAUGUUAUUUUUUACAUGUUGAAUGAGACAAGAUACAUAAAGCUCCUGCGCAAGAUGGAUCUCACAAAGGACUACUUUUUCAGCUACUCCUAUCAUAUAAUGCUUAGCUUUCAAAAGAAUCUGAGCAACUCAAAGACAGGUGUCGCCAUUUAUGAGACAAUGUUUGUAUGGAAUGAGUUCUUGACUCGAGAAAUUCACAAUCAACUCCAAAAUACUCACUGGACUGUUGCAUUAGUCUAUGGGUUUUUUAAGCAGGCUACAUUUAAAAUUUCUUCGCAAGACUUCAUCUUAACCCUUAUUGCUAGACGCUCUCGCCAUUAUGCUGGUACCAGAUAUUUAAAAAGAGGAGUAAAUGAGAAGGGCCGUGUAGCAAAUGAUGUUGAGACGGAACAAAUUGUAUUUGAAGAUGUACCUGAAGGGUCCCCUUUUGGAGCAACUUCUGUUGUACAGAACCGUGGUUCAAUACCUCUUUUUUGGUCUCAAGAAACUUCACGCUUGAAUGUGAAACCUGACAUCAUAUUGUCUAGGAGGGACUUUAAGUUUGAAGCCACCAAACUUCACUUUGAAGAUCUUGUUCAAAGAUAUGGAAAUCCAAUUAUUAUAUUGAACUUGAUUAAGACUCUUGAGAAGAGGCCCAGAGAAAUGAUUCUUCGUGCAGAAUUCGCUAAUGCUAUUGAGUUCUUAAACAAAGAUCUUCCUGAGGACAACCGCUUGAGAUUUCUUCACUGGGAUAUAAACAAACGCCCGAGAAUCAAAGCUAAAAUGGCCUUGAUACGUCUAAGUGAUGUGGCUGCUAAUGCUUUGGAGUUAACUGGCUUUUUACACUGUCAGCUUAUCCCUACUUCAAGAACUGAGGAGUUGCAAAAAUUGUCGCCCGUCAGUUGUGAUGAUAGAGGAGACCAUGUUAAAGAGGACCUUGACGAAAUGGAUGUUGAAAUGGGCAAUGAGUGUGACAAACUGCGUGGAGCUUACUGUGUCAAAGUUUCAUCAGUCCAAAAUGGAGUCUUAAGAACGAAUUGUGUAGACUGUUUGGAUCGCACAAAUGUUGGCCAGUAUGCCUAUGGACUGGUCGCUCUGUCCCAUCAGCUGCAUGCCUUAGGCUUUGUAGAUGUAGACAACAUCAACAUUGAUUCACAUUCUCCUUUAGCACAAGACUUAAUGCAGAUCUACGAAGAAAUGGGAGACACUCUUUCACUGCAAUAUGGUGGGUCUGCUGCACAUAAUAAGGUAUUUUCAGAAAUGCGAGGUCAAUGGAAAGCAACAACAAGGUCUCAAGAGAUCAUUCGAUCGGUCCAGCGUUUCUACCGUAAUGCGUACAUGGACCCUGAGAAACAAGACGCCAUAAAUGUGUUCUUGGGCCAUUUCCAGCCACAAGAGGGUGGGCCAGCUCUGUGGGAAUUGAAUCCAGACCAGCAUUAUGAUGUUAGGAAGCAUGGAUCAAGUCCAACAGCAGAAAGAUCUAGGUCAUAUAUUAAAAGAUCGCUAUCAGAAGGAAACAUAAGUUGCGGAAGCAGUUCUCAGGGUAAAGACACUGACAUAGAUCAGACUGAAGACACUUACCAGCCUUUGACUGAACGUAGCAAAGGUUGUAAGGGUAUUUCGGAGUCAUCACCAGAAAUCUCUACUUGUGACAGUGAUAUUCCGUUUACCAGGUACAACCCCUCAAUGUCAAGCAGACAGCUUUUCCAUGAUAUACAGUUAGAUCAAUGUCUCGGAAGUAGUAGCUUUAAAUUUGAUGAAGGUGCUUUGUUCGAUUCCUCAAAUUUUUUAGAUGUUGAUUGGCUCUCUUCAUCGGGAAAUUCUUGUGAAGAAGAAACAUAUGACAGAUCUUCGAUCAUAGGUUCUCCAUCUCGGGGGAUGUCAUCGAAUAGCAUGACAAAUGAGCUCAAAGCAGAAACAAACGUUUCAGCUCCUAAUUCUGGGGCAAGCUUGAAGAAGGUGCAAACUCCCAGAGAAAUCAGUGUUGAUGCUAAAGUGAGUAAGGAGAUACACCGGCAAUACUCUGAGAAGUUUAUUCGUUGGGUUAACGAAGGAGAUUUGCUUUUUCAUUGAAGUUCAGUAGAGUUCUGGUCUGGUCUCUUUUUGGAGCUAUACAUUAUUUUGGACAGUUACAUUCGAUAGAUCGCAUCCCAAGGACGAUGCGGAUACAUACAGAAAAAAUAAACAACAAGGUGAUCUACAUUACUAGGAUAAAGAAUAGUAGCCUAUACAAAGCUAUUAAGUUAUAUUAGGGAAGUGUAGGUGUAAAUUGAAAAGGAACAUGUUCUUUUCAGUUGUUUUUGGAUCCUCUUUUCCCCAGACCAGCAACUUUUGUAGCUUUCAGUUUCUGUAAAUACUUUUAUUACUUUUAGAAAUUGAAGCUGGAUUAUUCA